AUGGACCUCCUGUCAACACCGGAGAAUCUCUGGCGAGUAGGACUCAUUGUACUCGCUGCCACCGGUGUCUAUGCCCUGAUUAAUUGGACAAUUUCCAGAUCUCUCUUGGGUAGUUUUACACUACGUGGCCGAAAGCAUUCGACUGCCAGAACGCCACCUCGAUCUUUCUCCCCGGACAAGAAAGCUACAAUAGGACGGACUGCCCCAUCUAGCUACGAUAACGUUCUCCCGCCCCAACGCAGACACACCCUUGCAGACCUUAGAUGCCCUGCUGCACCCACACGUGACGUCCACGAAGGUGAAGUGCGUCGGAAUAUUCUACCCAUGAGCGCCGACUAUAUGACCAGCCCGAGCGACAAGUAUACACCGAUGGGAUUCUCAGUGGCAGAAAUCAAAGGACUUGGAGACUUCCCAGAUUACGCGACUCUAAGUGGAGUUCCACUUCCCAGUCCAUAUCCCGAAUUCAAUAUCGAGAAGGCACUGCCUCGGCCAUAUCGUCCAUUCCGGUGGACGUACCACCAGACUAUGUCCUUAAGCAAACUCGAAACAGACUGGUGGAUCGAGCUCGAAAAUACAUACAAGAGCCGCAUCGCCCAGCGCAAGGAACUCUACGUCAAGAAUGGCAAGGAAGUCCUCGAUUCCAUGCCAGGUUCCGAGCUUGCAUGCAAGGAGUUAAUGGAGAUGGUCUUGCAAUUUAUCUGCGCUCGAUACCCGCAGUACUUCACCCUGAUUGACAAGCGUGUACUGCAGAACAAGAUCCUCAGUACCGAGCAGGACGUCACAGCCAAGCCCCCUCUUGAAGUCCUUCUGGAUAACGUACCAGAAGAUUUCGCAAUUAUGCUUCGUGAUGACAAGAAGGGAUUCUAUUUCCUGCGUGCGGCGGUGAUCUGCUCAGCGCUGGGGUGGAAUGUUGGCUCGAAGAUUGGGAAGCAGCUUCAUGAGAUUCACGAGCCAAUUCCAGAUUAUAAGGAGAAGAUGCAGUUCUCGAUGGAUCGAUAUUUCACGAAGAUGCCUACGGAGAAACCGAUACAGCGAGGAUCAUGGGGGCUGGAAAUUGGACAGCCAUUGUACAUGCCACCAGGGGAUCCUGAAAUACUGCACCGGCUAUCUCAGCGGGCUGAUUUGACCAUUGACGAGUGUCACCUGCGAGUGGACUGGCAGACUCUCAGGCGUUUGCCCUUGUCCGGUGCAGUUGUUUUCAAUUUCAAGGCGGUUUUUACUCCAAUUACGGAAUUUCGUGAUGAGCCUGGCGUACCUGAUUUGGUGAUGAAGAUUGUGACCGAGGGAAAGAAGAAUCUCAUGGACUACAAGAGUGUUUGGCAUGUGCAGCAUGUUGUACUACCUAGGUUGGAGGAAUGGGCAAAGGAGCAGAAGAAGAAUGGGCUAGUCCCGGAAGAUUGGGAAGUAUCUACUUUGGAUGAUAGUCCGUGGUUCAAGGGUUGGCAAGAGAAGUGGCAUAGACAACAGGGAUUCUAG